AUGUUAGGCAGUAAUGAAGAAUGCCUACUUUAUCAAGUAACACUAGAAGACAAGCCAUGGUCUGCACAUCAAGUAAACUAUAUACAAGAGAGCCAAACUGUAUGGUGUACUUGCAAAAACUUUGAAGCAUCUGGAUGGUUAUGUUAUCAUUGCAUCAGAAUUCUACAUUUGCAUUCAGUAACAAGAAUACCAGACAAGUAUGUUUCAAAAAGAUGGACUAAGUUUGCAAAAACAGAGGCAUGGGAUAGGUUGAAGAAUCAGGAUCCUAAACAGCAAUAUAUUCCAUGGAGGCAAACAAUGAUGAGGAAAUACUACAAUCUAAUCUUAAAAAGUCAAGAAAAUGAAGAGACAAGAGCAUUUAUGGAAGAAAGCUUCAGAAAUAGUCUUAAAAUGGUGGAAGACUUACUUGCUAGUGCUGCUCAGAAAGAAAGUGCAGAAGCUGCUUCUAACAUUCCUGAUGUGGCAGACAACACUCAAAGCAAUACUGACGCUUCUUCAGCAUCGAGUACAAGCACAUGUGUACCAAUAAUUCUUGAUCCUAAAAGGGCUGUAACAAAAGGAAGAAGCAAGAGAGCAAAAGGAGGACUUGAAAAAAGCAAGUGA